AAGCCAAUGGGGGAGCUCUGCAUACGAAGGACGCGACUCACGCGAACUUGCCUUCAAGCACAUGCCCGUCUGCGAUGCGUGAAAUAAAGGAGCUCCUGAACUUUGCCAAGCAGCAUUCGGGGUGUCUACGGCUGCCAUUUUUGAUGAUAUUUGCGCUAUACGUUCCAAGCGCAAGUCAACACCUCCUUACAGGCUCCUAGUAAUGAGGCGUCCUUUGGCGGGCGCCACAGCUUCAGGCUAUUUCACGGGCAAGUGAGUGACCAGAGUCAUGAGAAGACACGACCGGAGUCGCUUGCCAUGAAGUGGGUCCUCUGUUGGCACAUUGAAGAGGCAGCUGUGUGCAGAAGCCGGGUUGUUGCAGUUAUGGUGCCAGUUGCGCAAAGUUGUACUACAACCACAAUUGAUGCCUCUCUAUUGUCACAGAAUCGGCCCUGCUCACUAAGGAGGUGCGUACUGCCUGCUCGCUGUAUGUACUCCAAAGCUCCAUGUAUAUCAGCCCUUGAAAUUGACCAAUGCAUACGAACGAUCCUCCAGUUGUGCCCGACCACAAAGCUUCCACGUAUUGCGCUUGCCCUUUCAGGCGGUGUCGACUCGCUCGCUCUCUUGCUAGUCCUCUCACAGCUUUACAAGCAGCGGCAACAACUUGAUGAUGUUGUUGCAUUGACUGUCGACCAUGCGUUAAGAGCAGAGUCGAGCAGUGAAGCAGCAGAACUACACGCUCGUAUGGAGCAUCACGGCAUACGGCAUGAAGUUCUGAAACUACCUGAUACAAUCUCUGAAGCACUCCUAUCUAGACGAUCCCGCGAGUCUACAAGUCAAGGUGUAGAGAAGCUGGCUCGUCAAGGACGUUUCGAAGCGCUGACGGCUGGCUGUUUGCGUCACAACGCCAAACAUUUGUUUCUCGCUCACCAUGCUGAUGAUCAAGCAGAAACGGUGCUGAUGCGACUAGCACAAGGCGCGUCUUGGCGUGGGAUGUCUGGCAUUCGACCACUUGCUUGGAAUCCUGCUUCCGGGUGCAGUCUUCAUGGCGCGUCCAGUAUUCGACUGGUCCGACCAUUCUUGACAUUACCCAAAGCGAGACUGCGUGCAACAUGCGAGGCCAUGGGAGAAGCAUGGUAUGAAGACGCCAGUAAUGCUGAUACGAGCCUCACUAUGCGGAAUGCAGUGCGGAAGUUGCUUCAAACGCCCAAUAUGCAACUGCCUGUCGCGCUGCAGCCAACAAAUUUGGUCAGACUCUCUUCCGAGUUGCAAAUACACCGACGGGAUCUCGAGCUGCGGAUCGCUAAAGUGCUAGGUCGCUGUGAUGUGUCUGUUGAUGAGCAGAUUGGCAUGCUUUCUUUUCGGUUCGCGGCGCUCAACAGGCUUAGCAGGGAUGCAGUGCUUAUUGCAUUGCAAGGUUUGGCAGAGAUUGUGACACCUUCAACAUCGGUGAAGCUGGAAAGUAUGCAAGCCGUUUUCACAUUGCUGUGCGAUGCCAAGGAAAGUCAGGUCACUGCAGCUGGUCUCGUCUGGCAGCGAAAAGGCGACCUCUGCCGAGUUUGGAGACAACCGUGGCAAGCAUCAGAGGAGAUCGAUCUCACUCAAGAACCAAUUCUAUGGGAUCGUCGCUUUUGGAUAUCUGGACAAGGUUCAAGACUGCGUCUACGAUGCUUGAGGAAGAGCGACAUGACUUCUCUGCGGCAUUUGGCCAAGACACAGAACAAGGAAGCUGAGCUUGACCGUCUGCUUAAACGAGCUCGUGGCGCGCUUCGCUUUACACUGCCGGUCAUCAUCGGCGAAACAGGUCAGCUCCUUGCUCUUCCAUCUGCCAGCCUUGCAUUUGAUUCAGGAAUUGAAUGGACGUGCAACUUAGCACAUUUCUACAAGCUAAACCGAUUGCUCGAGCCAGAACGAAUUCAUGAUAUGGCAUUAAACUAGACUGUGUCUACUUGAAGUGUACCUCUGGCUCAAUACCAUUUGGUGGUUCAAUGAUGGGUGGCGAGGCGCGCCGUCUUGCAAUAGGCUUGUAGAUGAGUACCAAGAUGGCCGCAAGGAUGAGCAAUGCCAAAAGCAACAUAAGCUUGCGUUUCCUUG